UUAACGUAUCCUAGCUCUGGUUUGAAGGCUGAAAGCUCAACUUUCUCAUUAUAUUCAGCCUAAUCCUUACGAAGUUACUGUCCUUCAACUACCCUUCCUUAUUCACUUCAUGGGUGUCUUGGGAGCUCCUAAAGACAGCACCUUUUGUUUUGCAUCCUUCAAAUCCCAAUACCCUUUUGUCCAACAAGUCUAAAUUUUGUGUCUUGUUACUCAAUUGACUGUUUGAUUAUUUCUGUUUUUUGGGAUUUUUGAGAAAAGAAGAUGCAGCUUGAUCUGGAAUCACUGUCAGAAGCUACUUCUGGUGCCAUUGGGUCACUUGUUAGUACCACCGUCUUGUACCCUCUUGAUACUUGCAAGACAAAAUAUCAAGCUGAAGUUCAAGCUCAGCAUCAGCGAAAAUACAAGAGAAUUUCUGAUGUUUUAUGGGAAGCAAUUGCUACCCGUCAGGUGCUAUCACUGUACCAAGGCCUUGGGACAAAAAAUGUUCAGUCCUUCAUUUCGUCUUUUAUUUAUUUUUAUGGAUACAGUUACUUUAGGAAGCUGUAUUUGAAAAAAAGUGGAAACAAGUACAUUGGAACAGCAGCAAAUUUGAUUGUUGCCACCGCUGCUGGGGUCUUUACGAUAGUAAUAACACAGCCCUUAGAUACAGCAUCCUCGCGGAUGCAGACAAGUGAAUUUGGAAAAUCCAAGGGAUUCUGGAAGACCCUUUCUGAGGGUACAUGGAGUGAAGCAUAUGACGGACUUGCCAUUUCCAUUCUUUUAACAACAAAUCCAUCCAUUCAGUAUACUGCAUACGAUCAGCUGAAACAGAGAAUAUUAAAGGGCAACAUAAGCAAUAGAACAGGUACAAAGUCAUCCCCAGAGGCACUCUCUGCAUUUUCUGCUUUCGUGCUUGGUGCAGUUUCAAAAUGUGCAGCUACGUGCUUGACAUACCCAGCUAUCAGGUGUAAGGUCAUGAUUCAGGCUGCUGAAUCUGAUGAUGAUAAGAGUACAGAAGCUGAGAGGAAGGCACAGAGGACAAUCUCCGGAGCUCUCUAUACUAUUUGGAAAAGAGAAGGCGUAUUGGGAUUUUUCAAAGGAUUGCAGGCGCAGAUAUUGAAAACUGUUCUUAGCUCUGCAUUACUUCUGAUGGUAAAGGAGAAGAUCGCAAAAUCCACAUGGAUUCUAAUGCUCGUGAUUGGAAGAUACAUGUCUGUGAAUUCCCCCAAAAUUAAGGCAAUUUGAAUGUCAUGAGUAAUUCUUAAAACAACUUUUCAUCCAAGAAUAUGCUAAAAUUUGCUUUGUUUACCAUGGAGUAAAAUAAUGAGAGUGUAGCUGGCAGUUUAGACUGCCUUUCUGAAGGAGUGCCAACAAUGACAUUUUAGACCAAUGGAGUCUGACCAUCUGAUAUGCUUUUUCUCUCAUUAGACCUUACCCUCAAAGUAGACUUGUUUAUA